AUGAGUAUCGAGAAAUUUCUUCAAAACCAAACAACAAAACCAAAACAUGUCACACCAAACAGAGAUACAAGUCAUAAAGGUCCAGGAAUAUUGAUGAUUGAACCUACGAUGAGUAAAGACACUACUUCAGAAAGAUGUCAAGAAAUCUUUACAAACCAAAAUACAAAACCACAACAGGCCACAUCAAACACAGAUACAAGUGAUAAAGGUCCUGAAAUAAUGAUGAUUGGAUCCUGGAUGUUUAGGGACAUAAUUCCACAAAGAUUCUCCCAGAAAACCAUGAAAAAACUAAUGCCAGAACCAAAAUCGCUGACAAGUGCAAUCAAGACCCUCAAAGAAAUUCAAGUUCAACCAAAGAAACUAAUUUUGCUCACAGGCAGUAAUGAUGUGUCAAACCGUAGAAUAAACUUAUUAACAACUCUGUCCCUCCUUUCAGAAUUGAUCACCACCCUGAAAGACAAAGACUACAAUGAAAUUUUCAUAUCGGAGAUCUUGCCACGUUAUGAUGAUUAUGAGUAUAUGAGGAGGAGAGACAUUUUCAAUCAACAUCUGAAAACCAUUGUCCAAAAUACCCCAUUCAAAAUUAUCAUACAGCACCAUUUUGUAGCUAGUGAUUUUGUAGAUGGUGUCCACCUAACAUACAAAGGGACAGCCAAAUUGGUCUGUAGUAUCAAAGACCAAAUUGGAGAGAGACAAGCCCAGUACAACUAUGACAAAGAUAUAGAACAACGACACCGAUCUGAUCCCAGAAAUCCAACACCAGUGGAAGAAACAAAAACCAACACAGAUCAGGAUACAGAAACCCAAAUUAUAGAUACCAAGGAUAUGAUCGACAGGGCAACCAAUAAACAACAAUUAAAUCCUAAAGACAGAGCCAAAUACGUUUUAGAACAAUUGAUGAUAGAGCUUAGCCUAUAA